AUGCCGCCCCGCAAAUCACUGUCGCGCGCCUCGGCUCGAGCCGAAUCAUCUACAGCUGGAUUCUCCAAAUCCGCACAGCCACAGCCGCACGCCGGUCCAAGCCGCCCCUUGAAGCGUCUACCCCCGCUGUCCAUGCCCGAAAGCGUCACGCCCGCAUUCAAGCGACAACGUACGGAAGGAAGAGAGCUGGACGAUGAAGAAAGGGGGAUACUGAUACAUGAGUUGGUCGGAUUCUAUCCCCGGAAGUUGUGUGAUCUAAUCAUGGAGGCCGCUCGGCAGAACGUGUACGAUACGGUCGGGCUCAUUGAGGCGUGGGGACAGAGUAAGACGGGAGGAAUGGGGGACGAGUAUAGGAUGGAGCUGGAUAUAGGUCUGCACUCACUCGAAACACUACUCGAGCAACAUGUCGACAAAGCCUUUGACAAGUUUACCGCUUGGGCGUUGCGGAACCCGUUCGACGCGCCUCCAGAUCUUGAGCUCGUACUCCCAUGGCACAAAGACCUCGACUUUGAGCGCGGGCAACAUAUAGCCUCUCUCCCACAAGGCGAAGCCUCGAUCCUGUCCGAGCUAGACGACCUCCGUCGUAAAGUUGAGCAGUCGCGCUAUCUCUCUCAACAACUCGAACGCGCCGAAAAAGCCCUGGACCGUCGACUCGAAAUAGCGUCGCAGCGAAAAGCAGAAGUGGGGUUCAUAUCGGAUACUAUAACAGCUGCAAAAUUACAUCCCCUCGCACCCAAAUCCGACUCUUACCGCACCUCCCUCCUCGCACUCAACUCACUCCUCGCACCGAUGGAAGAUCCGCACCCAUCGCUUCCUCCCGCCACUGGCUCUGGUGCUAGCAAUCUCAAGGCGUGGGAGUUGGGCCGUCAGGCGUACUUGUCAUGGGCGGUAGGUAGGGCUGUGGGGCAACAUCAGCUCGAAGUUGGGUCUUCGACCGGCGGAGGAGUGCCCGGUGCAGUCGGGGCGGCCGGGGCGGAGGAACUGGAUGUUGUGGAAAGGGAAGCAGGGGAAGUCGGGGGUACUGAAGGAGUAGAGGGGCUGUUGAAGGCGAUAGCGAGAUGA